AUGCGAACAAUCGCCAUUGUGCACGCUGCCCCCGGCUGUCAAUGGGUGGUGGAAAUACCUGACUUAUGGAACUUUGACAAAGAAGUAAGGCGGUGCAGGGCUUGGAGGAAGAAGAGUUAUCGUGGAGAAGCAUUCAGUUCUUAUCCGUUCAGAAUCAAUCACUUGACAGUGUUGGUGCCGGAAGAAUGUGAAGUGUUGGUAUUUCCUGAGCGUCUGGUUAGCGUUCCUCUCGCAUACCAUCACCAGAUGCUGUGA